CGGCAGCACUACCACCGCUCCAUUGCCGGCUCCAACGUUUUACGACCGACUACUCCUCUCCCCGCCGCUUAUACCCCAUCCACCCCCACUGUCUACAUUCACACUGGGAGAUCGUAGCCACCCCGAUGGCUCUCAAUUCCUUGUUAGAGUAAUACAACUUACCGUCAACGGUUGUCGCGUCGCUCUGUGUCAGUCUGUCAUCGACCUCGCACUCGGAAACGUGAUCGCCGUCGUUUAUCCUCGCGCUUUUCGCUGCUCUCUUUCCUAUCAUAUUAAUUCUCAUCCUCGUUGUCCUUGGAUUUAUAAUCUUAUUUUUCCCUCCUCAUUCUUUUUUUUUACAUUUAUUUCUCCUUUAUCCAUCGCGUAUUUUUUAAGGAGAUUCUCUCUAUUGCGAAUAACAAUCACCCGAAAAAUACGCUAGAUAAUUUGGUUGAAUAAUCUAUAUCUUGAAAAUUCUCAAGUGACAACAAUUAUUAAAAUUUGCCUGUCAAAUCGAAAAUCGUAAUCGCGAAUCGAACAUAAAAUUAUAAGUGAAAAGUACGUCUUCAUUUUUGGAUAUUACCCUCUUUUUCGUAUACAUACAUACUUUUUCUACGAACUUAUCCACGCUUCUCUCUCUCUCUCUCUCUCUCUCUUUCUUUCUCUCUCUCUCUCUCUCUCUCUCUCAAACAUGAUAUAUUAAUAUUCGGAGUUUAUAUUAACGCCCACCGUCAUCUCUCGUCAUCGACCGUUCGCGAAUAAGAGUGAAAUCGUUCAGAAAAUUGAAAUUAAUUCCUCUUUAUUCUCUUCCUAUCCUUUAUCCUCUAUCAAGAUAUAUCAAAUGUUAUCGUGUUUUUAUAUAAGACUACAUUUUGGAUAAAAAGAACGAAGAAUAAUUUCUCUUGUCGGCUGAGAAGAAGACACAACACGCGGGUAAUAUGUCCGCAUUUGGCGCCGGUUGAAUCUUCGAUAUAUCAACGAGAAUCACGGUUAUGAAAAUGUCAUCUUUAAGAACACAAUCGACCGGUGGUGGUGUCCUAGGUUUGAGCAGUAUUUGCUCUGAUCGUACAGGAGCCACUUCAAUUGCUAGUGGUUCUCAUUCUCAUUCCCAUACACAUAGAAAACAUCAUCAUCACAGUAGAAGUAGAAGUGCUCCUAGAGCGCCAGAAAAGCCACCUAGAAAACGUCAUUUAAAUCCUGGACAUAGCUUGGUUUCCAUUCCAAGUCAAAUUAAAUUAUCAAUGUUAAACAGUGGCCUCAUUUCUUUUGCGACAGAAGAACUUAGUAGUAGUAUGAGCACUACAUUGCCUUCAACACCAACUGAACUUUUACAAUUUCCAAAGCUUUGUGAGCUUCGAAGAAAGUUUCCAGUUCUAUAUCGUGUAGAAUUUCAAACAGCAGCAAAGGUAGAAUCACAUUCAUGUAGACAUGCUAUAAAACCAGUGAAUAAAGAAAAGAAUCAAAACCAGAAAUGUAUUCCAUAUGACUAUAAUAGAGUGGUUUUGGAUACAAUAGAGGGUGAAACAGAUUCUGAUUAUGUUAAUGCAUCUUAUGUGGAUAGUAUCUUGAAACCAAAUGCUUAUAUUGUAACUCAAGGUCCUAUGGAAAAUACUGUAACAGAAUUUUGGCGAAUGGUUUGGCAAGAAAAAGCAUCUUGUAUAGUUAUGCUUACGAAAACUUUUGACUUCAUAAGAGUCAUGUGCGUCCAGUAUUGGCCAGCGAGUAAAGACAAGGAUGAAGAAUAUGGAGGUAUUGGAGUUUCGAUAUUACAGGAAGAGCAAUUAGCCAAUUUUCAUAUACGUACAAUAAAACUUUAUAAAAAGGAUGAAAGCGAUGAAAUUUGUGAAGAGAGAACAUUAUUACAAUUUCAUUAUACUGAAUGGCACUCUCAUACAUGUCCCUUUGGUAAUGCAGUGUUAGAAUUUCGUCGUCGUGUUAGAGCAGUUGUUGGAUCUACCAUAAAAAAUGAAUCAGGUCCUAUGGUAGUUCAUUGCAAUGAUGGUGGUGGUCGAUCAGGAGUGUAUCUUGCAAUAGAUGCUAAUAUGGAGUUAGCUGAAGAAGAAGAUGCCUUUGAUGUAUUUGGAUAUUUAAAGAAGUUGAGACAAAGUAGAAGAGGACUGAUAGAAAAUUUAGAACAGUACAAAUUUGUAUACGACACAUUGGAAGAAUUUGUAAUAUGUGGUACUUCAUGGUUUCCAGUUUCGGAAUUAUCGCUACGUUUGAAACAAAAAGGUAUAAAAAAUCCUAUUAGUAAAAUGAACGAGUAUUUACGAGAAUAUCAACAAAUAUGUAAGCAAACUCCACGAUUUACGAUCGGAGAUUGUGCAGGAGGACACAGAGCUGAUAAUCGUGAAAAGAAUAGAGAUGUUUUGGUUGUACCACCUGAUAAUUUUCGACCAUACCUUACUAGUUUCCAAGGGAACAAUUUCACAGAUUAUAUAAAUGCUGUCUUUGUGGAUGGCUACACAAAACCAAGAGAAUACAUUGUUACUGAGUGGCCACUACGAAACACAUGUGGCGAAUUUUGGUCUCUGGUUUAUGAUUAUGAAUGUGCAGCAGUUGUUGUAUUAUGUGUACCACCUCAGGGUUCUACAAAUUUUCCAAGUUUUUGGCCCGAAGGAAGGCAUUCCAAAAAAUAUGGUCCUGUAUUUACUAUUGAUCAUAUUAGUCAUAAUCAUUAUACGAAUAUUAAAACUUGGGUAUUUAGAAUAAAUAAAAAAAUUAUUUCAUUACCUGAGUUAAUGGCAGGAGUGAAAGCACCUCCAAAAACAGUUCAAUUAUUUCAAUUAACGUGUUGGCCUAUGGGUCAUAAAGUACCAACAUCUACAAAUAGCUUAGUAGAAUUAAUGAAUAUGGUCGAACGUUGGAGACAAAGAACUGAUUAUGGUCCAGUAGCAGUCGUGUCUCCUGAUGGAAGAAGUCGUUGUGGUGUUUAUUGUGCUGCCAAUGCAUGUAUAGAACAAGUAAUACAACACGGAGAAGUAGAUAUAUUUCAAGCUGUGAAAACAGUGCGUAGACAUCGGCCUCAGCUAAUAGAGAAUAUGACAGAGUAUAAGUAUUGCUACGACUUAGUUCUACAUUAUGUGCUGCAUUAUUUAAACAAAGAUAUGAACGAAAAAAAGUGAGAAAGCGAGUUGGGGGACGAGCUGUGGUUCAUAGAAUUUGGUCGUGGUGCAGCGCUACCAUU